GAGACGUGGAGAACUCGGUCAGGAAAAGCCGGCCUCGGGCGGAAGUCACUCUGAGGCGUCGGCAGGAGAGGCCAGUGAACGCCAGCCGGGAGUUGGAGCGACCGGGGCUUGUGAGGGCCCCACGGCCCUAGCAGGUGGAAUUGGGCUAUUUGCUGAAGCUUCUUUCCCUGGUAGGCCAGGGAAAAAUUUACAUUUUGAUUUUCUUUUAAUCAUGGCUUUGGUGCAUAAAUUGCUGAAUGGCACUUAUAUUCUCAGAAAAUGCCCGAAGCCAAGUGUUGCCUCUUGUCCAUUUUUGAGUACUCGCUUUGCAGAUUAUUGUUCCAGCAGUCUUGAGAAACCAGUGGCUGCUCCUGGCAAAGCCUCUUCUCAGAGGAAGACUGAAGGGAAUUUGGAAGGACAUCACCAGAGAGAAGUUGAUUUGGAUAUAACUUCUCCUGAGGACAAGCCUGAAGUUAGUUUUGAUAAAGCAAUUAAAGAAGAAAUAAAGGACCAUUUUAGGCGUUUGAAGGAUGAUAUUGUGAAUCAUUGGAUAGGGCCUGAAGGCCGCCCACUGCAUGAGGUCUUGAUGGAACAAGCCAAGGUUGUCUGGCAGUUCCGCAGCAAAGAAGAUUUGGAUAAGUGGAUAGUGACUUCUGAUAAGACAAUUGGUGGCAGAAGUGAAGUGUUCCUGAAAAUGGGCAGGAGUAACCAAAGUGCACUGCUGUAUGGAACUCUGAGCUCUGAGGCACCCCAGGACGGGGAGAGUGGCCGAAGUGGAUACUGUGCAAUGAUAUCCAAGAUUCCAACGGGCCCUUUUGAGAGGAAGAGGUUUUAUGAUUGGUCCCAGUUCAACACUCUGUAUCUUCGUGUCCGUGGGGAUGGUCGACCUUGGAUGGUGAAUAUCAGGGAGGACACGGAUAUAAUCCAGAGGAAGGAUCAGAUGUACAGUUACUUCAUGUUCACCCGUGGGGGGCCCUACUGGCAGGAAGUCAAGAUUCCUUUCUCCAAAUUUUUCUUCUCUAAUCGAGGAAGAAUCCGGGAUGCCCAGUACCAGCUUCUGCUUGACAAGAUCUCUUCUAUCGGAUUCACCCUGGCUGAUAAAGUGGAUGGUCCAUUCUUCCUAGAAAUAGAUUUUAUUGGAGUAUUUACUGAUCCAGCCCACACAGAAGAAUUUGCCUAUGAAAAUUCUCCAGAGCUUAAUCCAAGACUUUUUAAAUAGAGAUCAUGUAGUAUUUCUGUGUUACUAAACUAAGGGUAGUAGAAUCCACGAUGAAAAAAAUAAAGUACUUCUUUAAUGGCAUCCAAACAAUGGCGGUUCUGGACGCUGGGAAGUCCAGGAUACCUGGUGUCUGUUUUCCUAGUUUAGAACAGAGACAGAGACAGAUUUAAGAAGAUUCUUGGGACUUCCCUGGUGGCGCAGUGGUUAAGAAUCCGCCUGCCAAUGCAGGGGACAUGGGUCGAGCCCUGGCCUGGGAAGAUCCCACAUGCCGCGGAGCAACUAAGCCUGUGUGCCACAACUACUGAGCCUGCGCUCUAGAGCCCGCGAACCACAACUACUGAGCCCGUGUUCCACAACUACUGAAGCCUGCGCUCCUAGAGCCCAUUCUCCGCAACAAGAGAAGCCACCGCAACGAGAAGCCAAUGCAUCGCAACAAAGAGUAGCCCCCGCUCACCGCAACUAGAGAAAGCCCGUGCGCAGCAGUGAAGACCCAAUACAGCCAUAAAUAAAUAAAUGAAAAGAUUCCUGUA